AUGGAUGAGAAUAUAUCUAACGGAACUUUUAUAUAUUUAAUUAUUUGGUUUGUGUCUUGUAUUGUGUUUUGCAUUUUUUUUGCAAGGGAUGGAAAAAUAUCAAGAUGGAAUAUGAUUAAGUUAAUAAUUACGCUAGUUUCUUUGGCUGUUUUUUGUUUAUGGAUAUUUUGGCUGUGUGUGUAUAUUUCUCAAUUAAAUCCCAUUGUUUUCCCACAGAGGAGGAGCGUAAAGGAUUAA